UGGAGGGGGGGUCAGAGCGAAGAACCGACUAGAAUGCUCGCGCUUUUUAACUUGCGCGCACUAACUCACGGAGGCUACCAGAGCAACCAACAGACAACAUUUGAUCUGUGGGAAAUAUUACAACAAUGUAAUGUUCCAGAAAAGCGGAAACAAAACGGGAAAGUCUCGGUGAAAGUGAGAAUUUGGGAUAUGAAGUUUCAAGCCGCAAUUUAUAGCCUAAGUAUCCUGAAUGGAAGGCUCAUUACCAUUUCAGUUGGAGCGACGGUUCAGGAAAUGAACACAUUUUUGGAGGAAACCCUAUUGAUAUCAUCAUAAUUAUUUCUACCGAAAUUGAUCACAAUAAACACUUGAGAUGGAGAAACGGAUUUUGUUUACUUGUAUACUGGUUGGAAUGUUCCUGCGGAAAUCCUGUGGUCAAAACUCAGCAACUGAAGAAGUGUUGAACUGCUGUGAGGGCGACAUUCUCUUCCUAUUGGACUCCUCAGGCAGCGUCUCAUCCUAUGAGUACUCCCGCAUGCUGGGCUUCCUGUCCGAGCUCCUCCUCCCCUUCUCAUUGGGCGAGGACCAGGUGAGGGUGGGGCUACUGCAGGUGGGCACCCAACCCCACCUCGAGUUUGGCUUUGACGCCCACAAUACCCAAUAUGGCCUCCAGGAGGCACUGGGGAACACCAAGGCUCUGAGGGGCGACACCAAUACAGAGGAGGCCCUCAGGAUGGCCAAGGACUGGGUGCUGAAGCCUGGAGGGGCCAGGGGGGCCAGGGCAGAGCUACCCAGGGUUCUAGUGUGGCUGACGGACGGGGUGAAGCCGGGUGAUGUGAUUGGACCAAUGGAGGAGCUGAGAGAGGAGGGCGUAGCCGUUCUGGUGAUCUCCACGGGCCACGGGAACUACCAGGUGCUGCGGCAGGUGGUCACCCCACCUGUGGAGUCACACCUGUACUUUGUGGACAUCGACGAUAUGAGUAUCAUCACCGAGGACCUGAGGGAUGCCAUUAUUGAGAUCCUCUGGGCUGAACGGCUCCAGGUGCGAGAUGUGUCCACAGACAGCGCUGUGCUGCAGUGGCGACCGGUUCUGGCCGGAUUGAACGGUUAUUAUGACAUCCGGUUUGGACCGGCUCCCAGUGGGGGAGUAGUUGGAGGAGGAGCAGGGGGGCCUGGUACCAGCCCCAGUACCAGUGGUGGCCAGUACCAGAGACUCACCCAGCCAGGGGACUCUAGCACGGCCAGGCUGACAGGACUAAAGCCAGACACCACCUACACAGCCACACUGACUCCUGAGUCCAACCUGCAGGUGCUCAACCCCCUCUCCGUCACCUUCACCACUAAGCCAGAGGUGUUGAGCCCAGCCGUGGUGACGGUGUCGGACUCAGAGGCCAAUAGUGUGAGGGUGAGCUGGGGUCCUCUGCAGCCAGAGUCUGUCCAGAGCUUCCAGGUGGAGUACUCAGCGCUCCCGGGGGGGAAGCUCCACAUGACUACUGUGGGCCGGGGGCAGAACUCCACCAUGCUGACCAACCUCCAGCCAGACACCCAGUACUUGGUCACCGUGAGCGCCCGUCACUCCUAUGGCCAGGAGAGGGCCAUGUCUGUCAAAGUGUGCACUGAGGAGGUGAGGCCGGAUCUUGCAGACCUGCGGCUGACCACGGUGGGCAGUGACUCUGUGCAGGUGGACUGGAAAGCCAGCAUGGACGGCCUCAGGGGCUACUGGCUCACCUGGGAGGGACAGGACGGCCACGGCUCUACCACCGCCCAGCGCUCCUCCUUCUACCUGCCCCCCAACUUACUGUCCACACGUCUGACACACCUGCCCCCCGCCACCAGAGUGUGUGUGUGGCCUGUAUACCGGACGACACGCGGGAAGGGCCUCUGCUGCACGGCCCAGUUUCAUUCAGAUGCAUCGGCUUGGGGCCACAGAUCAUAAUAUUGCUGAGUUUAACAGGCACUGUACUAUGGCAAGGAUGGAGGGAAGAAGGAGAAGAACAGAUAGAAGAAUAAUACAUCUGAACUUGCAUCCCUCUCUUAGUUCAUUCUAUCCUCUCUGGACAUCAUCCACAAUACACGAGGCCUUUGGCUUACAAAGCACUUGUGUUUAAUAGAUACUGAUACAAUACAUAUAGGCUUACUAUACUAUAAAACUGUUGCUCUAUUAGUCAGCACCCUAACUGAACUGUGGGUUGCUAUCUUCUGCAAUGCAGAUUUUCACAUAUUGCCUAAAACCUGUAAUCAUACUUAAAACAUUUGUUUGUUUGACUGUUUGUUUUUGAUAUGAUCUUAAGAUAGAGGUUGGCCAAGCAUAGCAGUCUAGAUCAAGCUAAUUCUGGUUUGCGGUAUCAUACAAGAUGUAGUUUUAAUAAAAAAGAUUAACGUACAGUAACACAUUUUUCUAGUGCACAGAGAGCAACUAUGCAAUAUACUUUCAAUGUUUCCCAAGGCACCCACCUGUAAUAUUUUGGAACAUUGAAUAAAUAAGUGCUCAAACUCAGCUUACACUUUAAUUGAAGGGCAAGUGAACACAGAACCCUUAAUAACAGAGAGGAACUCCUUUGAACUAAUUACAAAUCCCAAACAGAUUCUCUACGUGGCUACACAUAUAAAACUACAGAUAAAUGUUCUACUCGUGAGAUGUUGCAGAUGUGCUUUUGAUAAAGGAUGGUCACACUGAUAUUUUCCAGGAUUGUUUUGACUCAUCACCACCAACACUUAUACAUGGAGGUAUUGGCAAACUGUUACAUUGGAUGAUGCUGUAUUCAGUCAUACAGGUUGGCCAUUGAACCAGGGGGCAUACAGUGGGUAUCAUAAGUAUUCAUACCCCUUGACUUUUUCCACAUUUUGUUGUUUUACAAAGUGGGAUUAAAAUGGAUUUAAUUGUCUUUUUUUGUCAACAAUCUACUCAAAAUAAUAUGUUAUUGUGGAAGAAAAAUUCAAACAUUUGUAAAAAAAAAAAUACAGUAAUAUAUCUUGAUUAGAUACAUAUUCAACCCCCUCAGUCAGUACAUGUUAGAAGCACCUUUGGCAGUGAUUACAACUGUGAGUCUUUCUGGGUAAAUCUCUAAGAACUUUGCAUACCUGGAUUGUACAAUAUUUGCACAUUAUUCUUCUUAGAAUUCUUCAAUUUGCAAGUCUUGCCAUAGAUUUUCAAGAUGAUUUAAGUCAAAACUGUAAUGAGGCCACGCAGUAACAUUCAAUGUAAUCUUGGUAAGCAACUCCAGUGUAUAUUUUGGCCUUGUGUUUUAGGUUUUUGUCCUGUGAAAGUUGAAUUUGUCUCCCAGUGUCUGUUGGAAUGAAGAGUGAACCUGGUUUUUAUAGAGGAAUUAAAUUCCUAUAUGUUUAAUACCCAAUUAAAUGAAUACAUUCAGCCCA